AUAUAAUAACAGAGGCAGAUAGAUAACUCAACCAAGACAGAUUCUACGACACAACGGACUAACAAGACUGCACACUGCAGCUUUUGAAUAUUAGGCGCCGUUCAGCUCACCUCCCCGCACACCCCCAGCGAUACUUAUCAUGGUUGAACCCUCAACCCAGGGGAUUCUAAAGAAGUCACCCAUUUCCUUUGUGGAGUUGAUGGCCCUGAAGCCUCUGGGUACACAAACAUCCAUCAUAAAUCCCGAUGAGCCGGAAAAGGUGGACCGAUUCGAGUCUAUUACCCCUUCAUACGCCCCAGGUCCAGGCACCCGGGCAUUCGGCGGCCAUGUAUAUGCCCAAUCAGCCUAUGCAGCCUCCAAAACCGUAGCAAAGGGCUUUGUGGUACAUGAUAUGACGGGCACAUUCAUUCUACCGGGCCGGACCGACAUCCCCUACAUCUACAGGGUGCGACAUCUCCGUGACGGCGCUAUGUACUGUACCCGCGCGGUAGAUGCCCGACAAGAUGGGCAGAUUUGCUUUUCCUGUAUCUGCUGCUUUAAGCGGGACGAGAAGCAGGAGACAUUCAGCCACCAGGCAGUCCCCGCACAGGAGCGCUUCAAGUCUAUCCUGGCGGGGGAAAGGCCCGAGGAGCACCAGAUUAGUCCAAGUGUCGAUGCAGAUUGGUGGAUUAGCCAGGUUGCAUCGGGCGCAUUCAAGGAAAAAGAGUUUCCGGGGCUAGACGUCCGAAAGGUGGAUAUGAAGCACUACAAUACUACUCUCGAAGUCAAACAGAGCCCGGAAAAGUAUCGCCAGUUGACCCUUUAUUCGCUAAAGGGGUCUCCGGGCGGGUUUGGCGAGGGUCUGAACCGGGACGGACUUCGGGGACGAGAGGAAUCGGGAGAGUUUGAUAACCUGUAUGCCUGUGCACAUAUGUACUCCAGCGACAAGAAUUCGUUGCUGCUUAUUCCGCGGGCUCUGGGUAUUACGACUUGGAGUUCGAUGGCGAGCUUGACGCUCACGGUUGUGUUCCAUCAACAUGGGGAGGCAUUACGAAUGGUUGAUUGGGGGGCAACAUCGGAUAAACAAGGGGAAGAGCCAUCCAAGAAGUGGUUUAUUCAGGAGGGAUGGACCCCGCGGUCAGGAGAGAACAGAGCGAUUCAUGAGAGUUGGUUGUGGAGUCCGGAUGGUAAACUGAUAGCGACGAGCUACCAGGACAGCAUGCUUCGGCUGAAUGGUCUUAAUGAAGGGAAGCUAUAAAGACCAAGGCAACAACUAAUAGAUAUCUAGACCAUAGACAGACACCA